CGAAGGCUCGCUCACACGAGGUCUCAGGACAGACCCAGGUGCCAUGGGUUGGCUUUGACUGAUAUGACUGGUAGAUGUACCAGCUGUACCUCCCACACUUUCACACACACACACAAUGUUCGUACACACGCAAACACUCCCAGCACGAGGCCGACUCAUUAUAUCUGGCGGAGAAUCGCUCCUCUGUUCUACAGUUCAGUUUGCAACUGCGAGAUUGCACUUUAAAUGAAUGCUACUUUUUAUAUAAUGGAAGCUGGUUUGUAAGUACGGGCGUUCGUAAGUCGAGGGUUCCUGUAUUGUCCAUUUGUAGAGAGACAUGGACCAUCAAUAGACUCUGUGUGUCUCGUGCUGUUAGGAGAGAGACAUGGACCCUCAUGAGACUCUGUGUGUCUCAUGCUGUGAGUGUAGAUAGACAUGGAUCCUCAUUAGACUGUGUUUCAUGCUGUGUGUGUAGAGAGACAUGGACCCUCAUUAGACUCUGUGUGUCUCGUGCUGUGAGUGUAGAGAGACUUGGACCCUCAUUAGAGUCUGUGUCCGUCCUGUGCUGUGAGUGCAGGAGGAGCUCAGUCUCCCAGGAGACUCAGGAUGACCCAGCGCCCAUCUCCUGCGGUCUGAACCUCGCAAAAGUCAUCUCAGUGGGCGGCGUCCAAACUAAACUUCUGUCUUUUCUCGGUGGACGCUCACCGACUCUGGACACAAACUCAGCCCACAACCGCCUCCAGAUUUCCUCGGAUCUCAGGACGGUGAUGGUGAGCGGUGUCCCCCAGAGUCGCCCCCAUCACCCACACCGCUUUGAUGUCUGGGGACAAGCCCUGUGCUCUGAGAGCUUCUCGUCGGGUCAGCACUACUGGGAGGUGGACGUGGGGAGCGUGGAGUUGUGUCGGGUUGGAGUCGCGUACGGCACGAUCCCACGGAGAGGGAGUGGUGAUGAGUGCCUCCUGGGAGGGAAUGACGUCUCCUGGUGUCUGCAGAAACUUGGCGACAGCUUCUCAGUGCAUCAUGGCGGGGUAGUGACGUCACUGUCAGUGCCGGAGCCUCAAGGGAGAGUCGGGGUCCAUCUCGACUGGGACGCGGGGCUGCUGUCGUUUUACAGCGCAGACUCCAUGGCGCCGUUGCACUCGUUUCACCAAACCUUUGAUCAGCCCCUACAUCCUGGGCUUUUGGUUGGGUGGGGUAAAUUUGGUGACUCAGUGAGGAUUGUGGAUCUGAGUGGUGCGUCCUGAGAGCGGUGAACGUGAACAGCAUGGAGGGCAGACACCACGACGCACGGUGCUCGUCAGCCUCAUCACCAUCACGCACAGUGCCACGCCUGUGACUGGCUGGUGGCUGUCGGUGGCGAGGGGCUGUGUGGCUCUCCAUCACAAUGGGGGGCUGAGCGUAAACAAUCCUCGCAACUUUUCUAAGGGGGUGAUAAAAUAAGUACUGCUCUGUGUUUGAAGCCAAAGUGGAUAUAUUCACCCUGUCAGAGGAGUGUAGCUGUAGUGUAGGGGUGUCAGUGAUUAGCAUUGGUGAACUGGGAUGUUGUGGGGGCUACCGUCCCCCGCCAUCACCAAAUUGUCGGGGCCGCUGUCCCCCGACUCCCCCAUUACAUUCAUACUCCUACCCCCUGGCAGUUCUGUAGGGUUCGGGUUACCGACCCCCGACUCCUCGCCCCCCUGUACCCCUGACUGUGUUGUCAACCGCGUAGGCAUGGCUCAAUUAGUGGGCUUGGACGCUUUACGCUUGCGGCGCGCUAUGCGGGUUCAGUGGCGGCGUGCUGCGGUGAGCGUGUUCGUGAAGCAGGACUCCGUCCCGCGCGUGAACAAACGGGCACGGCAUACCGAUGCGUGACUCCCGUACGCAAACAAAUGGGUGCGGUGUGCCGACGCGUGAUUCCCUCACACACACGCUCUACGCACCCAGGCAAUAGCAAACCCGACGCCGCUACCUGCCCAGCCCCGUACACCAAUCACACUCGAGGGAGUUGGGGUUCGGGGGUGAGAGGGAAAGGGCGUUUUGCCGUGCACGCGCCGCUGAUUGGAGGGAGCCACUCCGCUCCGAUUUAAAGGUCCGUUUAAACAGCCGUGCGUAUACGCGCACACCAGGCGCUUAGCUCUCUGCUUCGCUACAAACAACCGCGCUUGCACACGACCGCAAGACCCUCCCGUAAACAGUCGCACGGGUACGCAAACGCCAAGCACUCCCGUAAACAGCCGCGUAGGCAUGCGCACACUAAGUACUCCGCCUCGUUGUAAGCAACCGUGCGUGCACGCGAUCACCAGACGCUACACUCCCUUAUUCGCCGCAAACAGCCGCGUAUGCGCGCGAGCACAAAACACUCUGCCUCCCUCUUCGUACUCACAGCGACCAUGACACAGUUUUAUCCUCUAUUAGCGGUUUUAUUCCCCGCGAAUAUCCCGCAUAACUGCGUGUGUCUGUGUGAGUCAGCAGGCCCUCCUAGCUUAUCCUUCGGGAAUCCACGGCUCAAUUUAUCCUGCCAAUCGCUCCACUUUCUACCCUCGAUUAAAUAGCCCCACACUCACCUCUCUCUCUUACUCACGCUUACUUCCACUCUGAUGCGCUGGAAGUUGUAGAAGGACGAUGCUAUGGGUCGUCUCCGUAGAAGGUGGUGCCUGGCUGUGCUGAAACUCGUCACACGGACGAUCCGAACGGCCGGCUCCGAUGCUCCGUGGACUUUGAUGACUGGGAGAACUUAGUCUUUACUGUCUCAAUCACCUGCCUUUUAUCCUACCUAUCACAAAAGGCAUUCCGCGGACCCUGCACUUGCUCACCCGUGCCCUUUUGUCCAAUCGGAGGCUGAGAUAUUUCUGUCCCUUUGACAUUCAGAUCCCUAAUCCCACCGAUAACAAAAGGCAUUCAGUUGUUACUGCACUCGUGCCCCUCUGUCCAAUCGGAGGCUGAGAGAUUUCUGUUCCUCUGACAUUUGGGAUCCGUAAUCUCACCUAUAACAAAAGGCAUUCAGUUGCUUCCGCAGUCAUGCCGCCCUGUCCAUUCAGAUGUCUGAAUGUUCCUGUCCCGUUUUUAUUUGGAUCCGUAAUCUCACCUAUAACAAAAGGCAUUCAGUUCCUAAUGCUAUCUCUAACAGCAGGCAUUCAGUUCCGUACGCCCCUUGGCCUCCUGCCCAAUCGGAGGCCCGGCUUUUCCCGCCUUCUCCGGUACUUUGAUCAUGCUCUGGUGAUGUCACCGUGGUGGUUUCUCGAACGUUCGCUCUCCAUUCUUCUCGCUAUCGGCCCACUGACUCAUGUUUGUGUGUGUGCGGUUUUCACUCGCGGUGGCUCUACGGCCUCCGCUGUGACCAUGUAACUUUAAUAUCAGGUCACGGUGCCGCGGUGUAUGUCAGCCUCGGGGGUAGAUGGCCCAAUUUCCCGGCCGCAGGAACCAUGAAGCUUGAUCCCAUUAGGGGCUUCUGGAUAAAAACCUGUCGGCCAGGUGACCUUCCCUUCCGGUUCUACGUGGGAUGUGCGUGCAUUCGUGUGGGUGGGUGGCGGCGAGGGCGCGUAGCGUCGUCACUGUGGUAAGUGCGGCCCCGAUGGAGCGGCACCACAAGCGGCGGCGGCACCACAAGCGGACGUCUGAGAGAGCACCGGCCUCGGGAGAGUGGCGGGGAAUCCGAGGCACCGGUGGCGGCGUCGCGGCGGUGGGUACAGCCCCGACGGAGCGGCUCCGCUGCGGCGGCACCACAAUGUGUUUCUACAACAACAAUAAUGUUAAUUUUAAAAAAAAUAUAUAAAUGUACGCGUACGACAGUGGCGUUGUAACGCUUGGAUCGUCGAUUCUACAAUAAAAUAUAGAGCACAAACAACAACAAUGUAGUUGU